GCUUUUCAGCUUUAACAGGCUGCGCGCGCUCCCGCGGACGCAAAUCACUUUUUGGCAGGCAGUCACUUUUUGGCACAACACCUGCAGCAGCCGCUUGCGCUCCGACUUUUUCUUCACUCUGUUUGGAGAAGUUGUUUCUGUUCGUCGUGUGACAAUGUGUAAAAUCCGGACUCUGAGGACGCUGGUUAACCAGCGGCUGAGUACGGCUGUAGAAGAGAUAUUUCGACUGUUUGAAACAACUAUAGUGGAAUAUGAAGAAGAGAUUCAGCGCCAACGCAGACUGUUAGAGGUUGUGGAGAGGCCUGUAGGGCAGGUAACCAAAGCAGAUGUUACACAGCUGUUGGCAAUUAAACAGGAGGUUCCCUCUGAGCAGCAGGACUGGAGGACCAGUCUGGACCAGGAGGACCCAGAGCCCCCACACAUUAAAGAGGAACAGGGGGAAGUCUGGAGCAGUCAGGAGGGAGAGCAGUUUCAAGGACUUGAGGAAGAUGAUAUCACCAAGUUCACCGGUGUCCCUGUGAAGAGUGAAGAUGAUGAAGAGACUCGGUCCUCACAGCUUCAUCAAAGGCAAACUGAGGAGAACAGAGAAACAGAGCCUCCAGCCAGCAGCUUAGCUCAACAGAUGGAGGCAGACUCUUCUGAUUCCGAGACUGAAUACAGUAAUGACGAGUGGAAGGAGACAAGGGAACUUCAGCCAGGUUCAACUUUUGUAAAACAUAAUGAAGUCCAUAUAAUUGUUGAAAAAUGUCAUUGUAGUAUAGGCAAGAAAACGUAUAAGUGCUCUGAGUGUGGUAAAAAAUUUAGCUUGAAGGGAUCUCUGCAGAGACACAUUCGAGGUCAUACAGGAGAGAAACCAUUUAGCUGCUCAGUCUGUGGUAAAAAAUUCGGCCGGAAACAACAUCUGCAGGAACAUGUGAUAAUUCAUACAGGGGAGCAACCAUUUAGCUGCUCAGUGUGUGGCAAAAGGUUUCGUUAUAAAGCGGGCAUGAGGAAACACAUGAGAGCACACACAGAGUCAGACCACACCUCACCACUGUGUGAAAAAAUGUUCAACCAGAGGGAAACUCUACCAUCCCAUAUGACAGUUCAUAGAGAUGAUCAAGCUGUUGGCUGGUCAAUUUGUGAAAAUGAAUUUGAAGGAACUGCUCAAACAUGAAAUUCCACAAAGGGGAGAAACUCUACAGUUGCUCAAUCCGUGCAAGAACUUUUAAUGGGAAAGCAAAUCCAAAGUCUCACAUAAAGGUCCACACAGGGGACGCUCCAUAGAGCUACAUUGUUUCCGGGAAAAGAUUUACAUGGAUGUCGACCAAUAAAUCCCAUGAGUGUGUUGCUUAGGGCAGCGCUCCAGGCUGCUGGUUGAGCUUAGUUGUAACUUAUUAUAUUGAAACCAUAGUCUUGUCAUUCAGGAGGAUUACCAAUGCCUACCAAUUAGUGUUGUGGUCAGAGAUGGAGCUGGAUCUGGAGACUACUGAGACUGAGGGCAAUGUUGCAAAUCAAUGAAACAGACUGCUGAAUGGGGCUUUAUUGGUUUUUCAUGUAUGAUUCAUCUAUUUAUUUGUUUUUGUUUUUUUUCAUCAACGACAUCAAUCACCUUUACUCAUCAGGUAUGUAAUUAAUUGGUUCAGCCAAAUAUUAUAAAGAUAGAUAUUCAAGUCAUAGUUUAAUUAACAUUCCAGAAAAAUUACUAUAUCAUGAUAUAAAACAAUUGACAGUUUAUUCGGUACAUCUAGCUAAAGCCUUUUUUCAACAGAUCCCACUAUACUGCUGCUGAAAAUCUUCCAUUACGCCGUCUUUGCUGACACUGAACCAAACAAAUCCAGCAUUUGGUCGCUCCUGUGUGUGAUAGCAUACCAGCCUUCUGGAAUCAGAGGUGUGGUGUGUAACACAACAGCAGCAAUGUCUGGCUUCAUACAGGAUGCCGUCUGGGUCCGGAUGAAAACAGCAGUUUGACAAAUGUUAACUUAAAGACCCAUUUACUAGCAUUUUGUG